AUGAGAACUGACGAAAUUUUAACCAUCCAAAGGAUCCGCAACAUCAUUCAAGAUGGCGAUGCUUGAGACACCGUCUCGAAUAUGGCGCAGAAUUCAAGCUGCAGACGAAGGAGAGCCACCUUCUCUUCCGUCACUACCUGCCUUCGAUUCUGGUGCACAAGACUCAGACUCGGACUCAGACCAACAUUCAACUGACGAUGGCCCUGUUAUUUUGCCGGUGCAUUCAACACCCGCCCCUGCCUCGGCGCACACGGCGACCUCAACUAUCAGGCUACAAUCAAGUACUUCCAGCACAGCACGCUUUGCAAGCUCUCUUACAUCACGCUCUGUAUCAGCCAAAUCUUCCUCUGCCUCUAGAACAUACCCAUAUCCUCGGAGCCCCGCACAAAGCUUCGAAGUGAGUGCUAUUACCUCGCUUCCCCACGAGAGCGACGAGAAUACAGAACCAGAAGACUUGCCUCUCGCACAUAGUAGGCACAGUGUUCCGGAGUCUCAUUUACCGCCAGAAGAGAAUGGGGUAGAUGACAUGUCUUUGGAGGAUGCACUACAGUCGGUCAGUCGCUCUAGUUCCCCGUUUUCUCCCGAAAUCCCUCUGGACAAUCCUACGCCGAAGAAGAAAUACGAUUACUCGAUGUCAUUACGUUCUGAACCUCAGCGAUCGCCAUUUGACAAAUAUCGUAAUGUUGCACUACGAAAACCACUCGCACGGACGAGAACGCCGUCACUUUCCCGGACGACACCCUCUCCUGUCUCAUCACCUCCAAACUCCACGCCUCGCAGCAACAGAUCUAUUCCACUACCUGUAGAGACACCAUCACCGACUCCUGGUGUUUACGUUGCCUUACCUCGUUCGAGAACUGCCUCUCCAGCUGUCAUUUCACUCCCAAGCGUUGUGAUACAGCCCCCGGAGGAUGAGAGCAGUGAUGAACAAGAGCUUUCUCCAGCACAUUCACAGGAGACACCACAGGAAAGUGACCCCGAACUAGGGCAGGAGGACUCUGGCACGCAAUCGGACCGCGAGCCCACAUUCUCAUCCGCAUCGUCUGAUCCAAGCAAUCAAAUGAACAACGACCGAACCAUAGGUGCUCAUUCAACAGCGUUUCUAUCGCCCGCCAGAUCAGUGUUGGAUUUCACACCCGUUCCGCGAUUUCGUACGCAGUUCAACAUCCCACCUGCAUACAAUGAACCAGGUACAGACGCAGGCGAAGAGCUCCUCACACCUCAUGCCCGCAGGCGAUCAUUUCUUCUUUCAGUCAUCAACUCCACUGCCAGACCACGCAUGAACUCAAGCGGGAGCAGCGAAAACGCAUCCGGUGUUAGCGCAACGCCUGUGGGUCCCAUGCGCACCAUAUUUGCUGGUAUCACUCCUCGGCCUGGACGGGGGCGGGGACGCAUGUCGCACCCUCUUGCGCAGGCGCAUGUUCCAGACAGUGCAUCCUCUACAGGUGAAAGUGAGCAUCUCGCGUCCCCCUCUGACAUCGAGCUCCGCGGCGCAUCGGCUUCGUUCCUCUCCACUGCGUCCUCACAGGAUCUCACCACACACCCACGUGCCAACACCUCGUACGACCCUGCGCUUGGCACAGGUCAGCGCGGCGUGGCCCGCUUCGACGCGCCGAAGCUGAAUCAUUACCUUCACACACUGAACUCGAAACUACAGGAAGAGAACAAGGCACUCGUUGACCGGUUGAGGAAGUACGAAGAGGUGAAGGAUGCUGAACAGCGACGGCUCAGUUUGGAAAGCAUGGGCUCUGAAAAGGCGCGAAGGGUCAGUGCAGGGAGUGGACUGGGCGAUGUGGAGGAGGCGGGGGAAGAAGGGUGGGCAGAGGAGAAGAAAGAUUUGGAGGAGCUGGUCGAGAGUCUGGAGGCUCAGCUCGACGAGCUGGCAGGGGCGAAGGAAAGCGUGGACCAGGACCUUGAGACUGAGCGGCGUGAGCGUGCACGAGAUAAGGAACGUUGGCGGGAGCGUAUGCAUGAGGUCGAGAAUGGUGUUGCAGAGAUCAUGGGUGACUUGGAGCAGAAAGUCGCAGAGAGCGAGCGAGCUCUGGAAGAGACGACGAAGGAGGCGGAGCGUAUCCAUGAACGACUUCAAAGCGAGCGUGACCUUGCGCUGGAGAGGGCUGGACAGGCAGAGGCGGCAAUGGAGAACGGGAAGGAGCUUGGGGGCGCAUUGAAGGAGGCCAACGCGCGGAUCAGCAUUCUCACAGCCGACCUGCAGAGUGCGACCGCACAGAUCAAGGAUCUGGAGGAUGAAAUAAUGACGAGCGACCACCGUGUUGACGAGCUCAAGAAGGAACUCAAGAAGGAGCGGCUCUCCGCCAAGCUGGCUAACGAUGAUCUUCACAGCCAGUUGAGCGAGAUGGGGGCUGAGAUCAUGCGCUCUAGUGCUCGGAAGCUGCUGCAAGACGAAGUUCGCGAAUUGAAGACUUAUACUGCCGAGCUCGAAGAGGCUGCUGCCGCGACAACUGAACGCAUCCAAGACCUCGAAGAGCAGCUCACCUCCGCUCAAACCCACUUUAACCAGUUGGAGGCUGAAGAACAAGAGGCUAAUGAUCGUGCUGAAGUAUUGGAAAGGGAAAAGGAAAGGGCAUCGCUGCUGGUCAACCAAAUGGAGGACGCUCUUGAAGCUGCGGAGCAGAAGAUGCGCACCGACCAAGAAGUUGUCGCAGAUCUCAAGGCCAAGAUUUCCACCCUGGAAAGAGAAAGAGAACGUGAGAGGGAGAUGUCUCGACUUCUGAAAGGACAGCAUUCAGACGAGAGCAAUGCUGAACUUGAGAAUGCACUCGAGGCAGAGCUCGAACAGGCGCACAAAGAGAUCGCGAGACUCGCUGAGCUCCUUCAACACUCUCCUGCACGGAAAGCCAUUGACGCUGCUAAGGACCAGAGGAUCGAGAUUCUGGAGAAGGACAAGGAGGAGCUCCAGGCACGUAUCAAGGCCCUCCGAUCAACUAGCUUUGAGGCGGCAACUCCAAAUAAGGUGGUCAACCUCAGUGGAAUCUCACCCAUUCAUCGGCAUGUAUUAUCGAUGUCCGUUAGGGCUCCGAAGACACCUGGAGGUCCUCUGAAAGAUCUUUCCUGGCUGAACAACACCACCGGCGAUGCGUCAGUAUCGCCGCUAUUAACUGAAAUCGCUCGUCUUCAAACUGAACUUGACCGUGCCAACGAUAAUAUCGAUCAAAAGCUCGAUGAACUGGAAGAUGCUGGGCUGGGAGUCGUGUCCCUCACUAGAGACCUUGAACUUGCCCGAUCCCAGAUUUCUCAAAUGGAAAACGAGAUGGGAAGGUUACAGAGACGCGAGGAGCGUCGACUUCACCGACUCCAAAGGCUCCGUUGUCAGAAAUGUAUGGUCAAGGUGGACACAUCAGCAUUGCAACGAUUUUACGACGCCGAUGAAAGCUUUUUGGAUGUGUCGCAUAGUGGUCUCCUCUCCAACCCCCCGACACCUCCGACAAAGACCAGUGAAGCUCUGAGGUUGGACCUUCAUGCAGUAAAUAAGAAACUGGAUACGAUGAAACAGCGAUGGGAGGAAGAAAAACGCCACCUUCUAGGAGAAAAGGCGGUCCUUGAAGAUGCUGCGGACCGGAUGAACAUGGAAGUACGAAGCGCAAAGGAAGAAGCGAAGAGAGCGACUGAAGCUAGCCGACGAUCGAGAGCUGAUACUCGGGAAGUCGAGAGGGCGAAGGCUGUCAUUGCUGACCUCGAGGCUGAGCUGCAGGCAGAGAGGACGCGUCUCAGACAGAUGUCCGUGGAGCAGAACCACGUCCAGCGUGAGAAGAGUGCUGUGGCUCGUCAACUACAACGAACUGAGGCGGAUAUCGAUGAUGUCAAGAGACAGCUCCAGAAAGCCAAGCGCGAAAAUAAUGAACUAGAGACCGAAUUGCGAACCAAUGCAACCAUCGAACAGCAAGCUCGUCUUCUAGAAGGCAAAGUCAAAGAAAACGCGGAGACAAUCGAUCAGCUGCGGCAAGAGCGGUCUCUUCUUGCCAAGGACCAUAAGGAGCUUCAGCGACAGUUCACUGAAGUAUCAGAACGAGUCAACAAGCUUCGCAAUGACUAUGCAAGGUCACAGUCAUCACACGACAACCGCCGUCAUCAACUUGAUUCGCAUCUCGGUGAAAUUGAUGACCUCAGGCGUGCGCUCUCCAAUCAAGCCGACGAACUACAGCGUAGCGAGGAGGAGAAAAACCGCAUGGCCAUUGAGAAGACCGAUGUUGCACGCACUGUUGCAGCCCUUGAAUCCGACCUUAGACGUGUCAAGCGAGAUGCCGAGGCGUUUGGACGUGAUCUUAAAACUCUGCGAACAGAGAAAGAGAAGCUGCAGGAGAAACACAGGAAUGAGUUGACGAAAGCCGAGCGAGCCAAAAAGCAGGCCCAGACUCAGAUACGUCUCCUGAACGAGCAGCUCAACGGCCAGCAUACGAAGCUAAAGACGGCCCAGGAGAAGCUCAAGAUCAAGGAUUAUGGAUUUGCUACCGAUGGCUACCAGCUCGUCGAGCUGAAAAAACAGCACAAGGAAGAGUGCAAAGGCCUUGUCGUCCAGAUUCGGUACCUCAAGGCAAAGUUUACGCGCGAGUCUACCUUGCGAGAUGAUCUCGUAUACCAGAAACAUUAUCUUCUUGUUCUCCUCUCGAACUUUGAGGCCAGUGAGAAGCGUAUACUGGCCUGCAUAUCCCGGAUAGGAUAUCCCAAACCAAAAAACCCACCAGCAAUGAUGAAGAAGACACGCUCGAUAAAGAGCGUUGUGCUUAGUGUCAUAUUUAUACGGCGUGUGAGGCAAGUUAGUGAGGCUUGGCGAGAAGCAGGCUCGAACAAACAAGCAAUUUCUAACGCGCUACAAGAAGUCCGUCGUCGAAGAGUCAUUGCAGUUACUUCGUAG